GGGCUGACGGACAGAGAGACGGGGCGAUAACGUGCACAGACUCUUACUGGAAUGUUCAGAUUCUCAUCGAGACUGAACGAGUGAAUGCGGAGUUUGAUCAUCGCUGUUUUUGAGCAGUAACGCCUCCCGCCCCGCUCCUCUGAGGAUCUGAGGAAUCUGUCAUUAUGGUGAUUAAAGUUUACAUCGCAUCAUCCUCCGGAUCAACAUCGAUCAAGAAGCAGCAGCAGGAUGUCAUGGGCUUCUUGGCAGCCAAUAAGAUCGAGUUUGAGGAAUGUGACAUCGCAGCUGAUGAAGACAACAGGAAGUGGAUGCGAGAACACGUUCCCGAGGAUUUCCGGCCCACCACAGGGAACCCUCUACCCCCUCAGAUCUUCAACGAGGACAGAUACUGUGGGAACUACGAGGCGUUCUUCUUUGCCCGCGAGGACAACGCUGUGUACGCGUUCCUGGGCUUGACGGCGCCUCCAGGCUCAAAGGAGGCAGAAGCGCUGUCUAAGAAAACGCAGCAGAUGUAAUCUAGAGAAGCGCCUCUAGCAGAUCUGAUGAACUCCUGCACUUUCUGAUGAUUGAGUUUCUUUUCUGUCUUGUUGAAAUUACGUGAUGCGAUGAAUGUGAUGAAUUAUUUGUUCAUCUUAUUGAUUGGAUGUUCAAACUGAAAAGAAAGCAUCCUACUUAUAUAUGCAGUUCAAGUUACAUUUAAUAUGUGCCCAUAUAUUCAGGGUUUCUGUAGGUCUUAACACAUCUUAAUUUGACCUUUCACAAAUGAAAGCCUUAAAUCAGUGCAGAAACUCUCACAUUCAUAAAGGCAGGGCAUUAAAUGUUUCCUGUACUGCAAAAUGUAUAAUAAAAAUAUCUGAAUAAUUUAAAUUAAUAGAAAAAUAUAAUUGGAUAUGUUUUAUAAUCAAACAUCUAGGUUAAUGUUUUCAUGUUGUUUUCCAAAACAAAUAUCUAAACACCCUUAAAUUUGCAGAUGCAAAAUGAAGAUACAAAGUCUUGAUUGAGGAUUCAACUUGUUUUUUCCUUUGAAUUAAGUUUCUUUUUCUGAGGCCACUAGCAGAUGAAUGUCCCUUUUUUAAAAUCAUGAAUUUAAUUUUUGAGAAAUUUGCACUGAUAAACAAGACACAAAUACUGAGGAAGAACAACACUUUUGUGCAAUGUGAUCAGAAUACAGUAAAACAUAUAUUUGAUCAGGUACAGUAAAUGUAAAGUCCAUUUCAAUCAUGUUUUUUUUUUUGAUAAAAUGAAUCAAAGUAUUGGAGAUAUGUUAGAAGUUGUAUUUUCAAAGUUCACAGUGCUGCACGUUCCCUUCAAUUUACUUCUUAAAAUUUUCUUUAAUUGGGACUUUAAAAAAAGUCUUAGAUAAAGAAAUGUUGGCAAUGAUAAUUUGCAUUUGUGUAUGUUUAAAUAUUAUUCUUAGUUAUCUUUUUUUUUUUUUUUUUUUUUUUUUUUACGAAAUGAUUUAUAUUUCAUACUGCAUGUUUCUUUUCUAUUUUUAAGGGCAAAUUAUAAAAAACAAAAACAUAAGAGGCUAUACUUAUUGUUACUUAUUUUUUUCACUAUUGUUAAUGUGAAAAACUCUUAGUACAAAAUCCAACACAUUCUCACUCCCAACUCAUCACAUACUGAUGCUUGGUCAGGACCCUUUAUUGAUGUGCAUUAAUUAAGAAACCUUUGGCGUCAGUAUGCAGAUGUUGAAAAUGAUUAAUAAUGAUAGUGAUAAUAUUGCCAUUAUUGCAUAUUUGUUGGGAUGUGAUAGAUCAAUGUAAACAGUCACAACAGUUUUCAUUACACAUUUAUUAGCGUGUAACCCAACCCCUGCCCCUAAACCUAUCAUUUAUGAAUAAAACACAGGACAACAGGCAGAUACAACUACAAUCAUAAUUUAUUAAAUAACAAUAAUAUUAACAAUAAUAAUAAUAAUAAUAAUAGUAAUAAUCCAAGUCCUCUGAGGCAAAACCUUGUGGUUUACUCUCUUCUUCGCAUAAAGAUAUUGAAUGGCUUCAGAAGAGUUGGAAUGCAACACGACUUGUUUGUAAUGCUUUUAUACUGUUUUUAUGGUCUGUUUUUGCAAAAAAUUCCUGUGACUGUACUUUAUUUGCCUGUAAUGUGUUUUAUAUUGUUCAUAAGUGGGUAGGUAUGUGUGGUGGUAGGUGCUCCAAUGGAAGUAUAUAUUUAUAUACAGUUAUUUUGUCUAUUUUUACAAAUUUAAACCAUUAAAUUAAGGCAAAUAACUAAAGACAAUGGAGGACCCUGCAUGUCAAAAAGUGACACCACCCUGUGCGUCAAAAAAUGAAAGUGAAGGGGUACCUUGAGCGUUAAAAAGUGACACCAAGGGGUUCUGACCAAGCAUCAAUAUGUGGUGAGUUGGGAGUGAGAAUGUUUUGAAAAAUCCAAACUAUCACAUCAAAAUUAUUGUAAGAUGUAAUGAUAAAAUUGUAUAUAAACUAUACUGUACAGUCAUUUACAGUACAUUUGGCAGCCUCUACCAUGGUAAGGCCACUGUUAACAAUAUCACAUUACGUACUUUAAUGUACGGUAGCUGUGUUUGAUAUGACAAGUAGCUACCAUCCGUUUGUCUCCCAUCUCAUCUGAUUCAUUUGUUUACAGCCUCUUUGGCAUUGACAUCUUGAACCUGAAGAGCUAUUUCUUUAUUAACGUUAUCAGUAUCAAACUUUUGAUUUGCACCUCUUAUCAUUAAGCUUAAUACAUUUGUCCAUCAUUUAAUUAAACUCAUCUUAAUGUUUAA